CCACCCAACUCUAUACUUGAGUGGAUUCUCGUCCGGGCGCACAACUCUCAACCCAGCACACCUACCCAACGCAGUUCAGCAUUGCUGGGAGGGGAGGGGAGGGGCACGGCAGGAUCCAUGGAGCGGAUCGGCGACAAGGUGAUCAGCAGGGCCGAGAUCACGGACGCCGCGUUCGCCGACUCCACCGUGAUCCCCGACAGGUAUGUCCGGUCCGACGAGGUCAGGGACGGGGUCGUCGUGGGCGACGACGAGAGCUACGAGCUGCCGGUUGUAGACAUGGCCAGGCUGCUUGACCCGGAGUUCUCGGACGCCGAGACCGCCAGGCUUGGCUCCGCGUGCCGAGACUGGGGCUUCUUCCAGUUAACAAACCACGGAGUCGACGAAGCAGUUGUACAAGCUAUGAAAGAUAACACUCUGCAGUUCUUCGGCUUGCCGCUGGAGAAGAAGAAAGCGGUGGCCAUCCAAGCAAAUGGCUUCGAAGGAUUUGGACACCACUACAACAGAGCAUCGUCUGAAAAGUUGGACUGGGCAGAGAGCCUAAUCCUCAUGACACAGCAACACGAGGAAAGGAACAUUGAGUUUUGGCCUGCCGAUCCGUCAACAUUUAGGGAUGCACUUGAUGAGUACUCAAUGGAGAUGAUAAAUCUCACAAGCCGCCUCUUGGUGUUCAUGGCGAGCGACCUCGGAGUUGAGCAGGAGGCGCUCAUGGAAACCUUCCAGGGCAAGAGGCAGAGUGUUGCCUUCCACUACUACCCUCCGUGCCGCCACCCGGACAAGGUGAUCGGCAUCACGCCGCACCACGACGGCCUCGGGCUGACGCUGCUGCUGCACGUGGACGACACCCCCGGCCUGCAGGUGAGGAAAAACGGCAGGUGGUACCCGUUGAACCCGCUGCCAGGCGCCCUCGUCAUCAACGUCGGCGACAUUCUCCAGAUCCUCACCAAUGGCACGUACAAGAGCGCCGAGCACAGGGUGCUGCCGGACGUCGAGAAAGGGCGGGCCACCGUGGUGAUGUUUCAGAAUGCUUGUGUUGCCGGAAUGGUGAAGCCGCUCCCGGAGCUAGGGGAGGCGACGUACAAGGCCAUCGACCUUGUUGAGUAUGUCAAGGGGAACUUCAGGGCGCUGGCUGAAGGGACAAGGUUCGUGGAUAGUCUCAAGAUCAUGUAACCAAACCUAGGUCGAGAAGGGAUCUAAAGAAGUUGGUUUCUUUGUGUCGUGUAUGUAUCAGCUGGCAACUAAUAAGAGCACACCCGAACAUAAAAUAAAUAAACUCGACGGGACUGAAUUUUCUAGAUCAA